AGUUAUUUAACCAACACAACCAACACAUGAAAUUAGAUUAGAUGCUCUUAAAUCCUCCAUUCAGACAAAAUACGCCAACCUUUCCGCAGCCUAUCUCUCAUUUUUCCACUUUCUCUUCAUCACACCCCCAAUCAUUACCCCCUACACCCCACCCCAAAAAAUGUCCUCACCGGAAAAUCUCCCAUUAGAAACCGCUCAAAAAAUCAUUCUCCGAUGGGACUCAACCGCUUCCGAAGAAGCUCGCGAAAAAAUGAUCUUCGAUCAAACCACCGCAAAUCGUGAAGAAAUCGAUCUUUAUCUCCAAGCCGUCGAUGAAAUCCAACGCUCCAUAUCCUCCACCUCUCUCUCCGACGACCACCACCACACAAAACCUACCUCCACCAUCCAGAUCGCCAUGGCUCGCUUAGAAGACGAGUUUCGUAACAUCCUUAUCUCUCACACAAAUCCAAUCGAUCCUUCUUUAGAUGAAGAUUCUUCGUUUUCUUCAAAACGACUUAACGAAGAUGAAGUUAGUUACGGCGGCGAUAAUGAUGAUGAAGAUGAUGAUAAGCUUCUUCGUUUUGAUUCUACUUGUUCUGUUGCUACUACUGCUACUACAACUUCAAGUUACCGAUCAACUAGUAGCAUCCGUGAGAUCGAUCUGAUACCUUCUGAAGCAGUUUCCGAUCUCCGGUGUAUCGCCGAUAGAAUGAUUUCAUCCGGUUAUCUACGUGAGUGUAUUCAAGUUUAUGGAAGUGUGAGAAAAUCUGCUGUUGAUUCGAGUUUUAAGAAACUCGGUGUUGAGAAAUUGAGUAUUGGUGAUGUUCAGAGAUUGGAUUGGGAACAGUUAGAAACGAAGAUUCGGAGAUGGAUUAGAGCGGCUAAGGUUUGUGUUCGAACGCUUUUCGCGAGUGAGAAGAGAUUAUGUGAACAGAUUUUUGAUGGAAUUGGUACUUCUAUUGAUGAUGCUUGUUUUAUGGAAACUGUUAAAGGUCCUGCAAUUCAGCUUUUCAAUUUUGCUGAAGCUAUUAGUAUUAGUCGUAGAUCGCCCGAAAAAUUGUUUAAGAUACUUGAUCUUCAUGAUGCUUUAAUGGAUUUGAUUCCUGAUAUUGAUGCUGUUUUUGAUUCUAAGUCGUCUGAAUCGAUUAGGGUUCAGGCGGCUGAGAUUUUGUCGCGUUUAGCGGAAGCUGCUAGAGGGAUUUUAUCUGAAUUUGAAAAUGCUGUUCUUAAGGAGCCUUCUAAGGUUCCUGUUCCUGGCGGAACGAUUCAUCCUUUGACUAGGUAUGUUAUGAAUUAUAUAAGCUUGAUUUCUGAUUAUAAGCAGACUUUGUAUGAGCUUAUAGUUUCGAAGCCUUCAAAUGGUUCGAGGAAUUCGGGUGAUCCUUUGAGUCCUGAUAUGGAUUUCGAUGAGGUUGAAGAGAAACCGCCUUUGGCUAUUCAUUUGAUUUGGAUUAUUGUUAUAUUGCAAUUUAAUUUGGAUGGUAAGUCAAAGCAUUAUAAAGAUGCUUCUUUGUUGCAUUUGUUUAUAAUGAACAAUGUUCAUUAUAUUGUUCAAAAGGUUAGAGGGUCGCCCGAGUUGAGGGAAAUGAUCGGGGAUGAUUAUUUGAAGAAGUUGACUGGGAAAUUUCGACAGGCUGCUACUAGCUAUCAGAGAGCAACUUGGGUUAGGGUUUUGUAUUGUUUGAGAGAUGAAGGGUUACAUGUGAGUGGUGGAUUUUCUUCUGGUGUGUCGAAGAGUGCUUUGAGGGAAAGGUUUAAGGCUUUCAAUGCUAUGUUUGAGGAGGUACAUAGGACUCAAGCUGUUUGGUUGAUACCGGAUUCGCAACUUAGGGAGGAGCUUCGGAUUUCUAUAUCGGAGAAGCUGAUUCCCGCGUAUAGGUCGUUCCUUGGACGGUUCAGGAGCCAUAUCGAGAGUGGAAGACAUCCGGAGAAUUACAUUAAGUAUUCUGUUGAGGAUUUGGAGGAUGCUGUUUUGGAUUUUUUCGAAGGGAUUCCUGUUUCGCAGCACACGAGAAGGAGAUCUCAGUGAUAUGAUGGAGUGAAAGUUUUUUGCAACUUAGAAGCUAGGACAAAAGAUUCUUUUAAUUUUUUCCACUGGAGUGUUCAGGUGAUUUUGAGUGCUGGUGAUGGUUAAUCCGAGGUUUCGAUCGCAAGCUCUCUAUCUCGAGUGCUUCCGUGAUUUACCAUCCAGGAUUCUCAGGAAUGAAAAGAUUUUUAUUUUGUGAAGAUUGGUAUGGCUUAUGAAAAGCCAAAGUAGCUCUCAGCCUGAAUGCUGCUUCAUGUAAGCACGUUAUUUGAUUUCAUACCACAUUCUAGAUUUUGUUUCUUCAUUUGUUUAUAUUGGAAUUUGUUGCUGUACGUGUGCUUUUGUUUAUUAUUAUUACUCUAAGGUCACUCAAAAAAGCUGUUUCUUUUGUAGCUUCAAAAGAGACUUAUAUACAAUGUGAUAGUUUUGGAACUUAUAGAUAGAUGCAUGUUGAAAUUGAAAUCUUAGAUAUCUCUCAUCAUUCCAAGCAAGAAUGUAACAGUAUGAAUCUUUCUUCCAUUUGUUUGUCUAUUUUUCCUGUUGUGAUUUUUUCAUUGUUUGUAAUUAGAUGAUUAGUGAUUCAGUGUUGGUUAAAACAGUGUUUUAAAAUCAGGUUCAACGGGGAACCAAUAGGUUCGCCGGUUGGCUUGAUCCCACUAGUGUUAACUGGUUGGGUUGUGGUUGGUUCAACCGGUUUUUGAUU